UCUAUCUCCCAGCAUGGACGAUGACAGCGACCUGUUCCCUGAGGACGAGCUUUUGCAUGAUUUCACCCUUUUGGAAGAUGAAAGACAUGAAUUAGAGGAUCCGGGGUUUGACAUCAGGUCUCUUCUGCAGGAAGCGGAGGAUGACGCGGACCCAGAACACAGCAGCUCAGUGAAAGAACAAGAUACCGGUGCUGACAAAAUGAAGCGGAAAACAGCUGAGGACAGAAUGCAGGCGUCUCACCUGCGACAGAACCUGAGCGCCCUGGAUAAGAUGCAUGAGCAGCAAGUCCUCUUCAUUGAGAAGACGAGAGGGGAGCUGCGCGCCUGUCGGCAGAGGCAGGACCUGACCCGCAGGCAGCAGGAGGCCACGGCGGCCGAGAUCGCCGCAGAGGGACAGGCCGGCAACGCGGCUGCCGUGGGCCGUCUGCAGGCCGUGUCCAGACGCCUGUUUGCGGAGCUGGAGAACGAGAGCAACCUGCAGUUGAGAACUGAGGCCAUGCUGAAGGAGAGCGAGAACACCAUGUGGCACAUCGAGAUCCAGGAGGGGCAGCUAGAGGCUUUCCGGAUGGCGAACCACGAGGAGGCAGAGGCUGUGGGGCGGCAGCUCCAGGUCCACACGGCUGAGCAGCUCUGCAGGGAGCAGGAAGCCCUGGGGAAGGUCGAGCGGAACCACCUGCUGAGGGUCCGGAAGUCCCUGCACACCCAGAAGGAGCAUGGGCUCAGGCACCAGAAGCUGCUGGACGAUGCCCGGAAGAACCACAGGGUCGCCGUGCGGUUCCUGAAGGCCUCCCUGGGAAGAAUCCGGGAGCAAGAGAAGAAGGAGGAACUGGAGUGCCAGGAGCACCUGAGGCGACGCAUGGACGCUGUGGUGGCGCUGAAGGGCAGCAUCUCCGCCAGCCGGACUGACAUUCCCACAAGGCACAUGGAGAGCCGGGGCAGCUCGAGGCCAUGCCCUGGGGCCAAGGCUGGGGGUCCAGGCCGGGAAAAUGGAGGGCAGAGUGGGAACAGCAUCUGCAAAGGCUCAGAGGUGAGCAAAGGCAAGCAGGUGACGUGCAGAGACAGCCACAGCCCCAUGCUCGGGAUGUGCAAUUUGCCAGUUGUCUACCAUGGCUUCUACGGGCAUUGA